AGAGAGAAUGCCUUGUUAAUGUGCUUCUCGAAAGCCAGAGGGGACACUCCUUUAAAGGGGAGGUCACACUUCAUGCACAUGUUGGUCUCCUCCUCCCCCUCCCCCUCCUGUAUGAAUAGAGUGACUGAGCAGGAAUCAGUCUAGGAACAUUCAGCUGGAGUUGCCUGUGCUGCUCUAUAUGCUCACAACAGAUCCUUGUCUGGGGCCAGAGGGCAGGAGGCCAUGUGCAAACACACAGACUGAGAGAUAAUGGUGCCCAGCUACUCUUAGAAACUAAAGAGAGAUUCGCUGUCCAUGUUUUUAUUGCUUGGCAGUCUCUGUCUUUGUUGAAAGAGAGCACUAGGACUUGUGUUGGCUCCUCAAUAGCUUCCAGGUUCUUGGAUCACCUCAUCCUAAUUGUCAAACAUGGGGUGCUCCUCAUCCAGUGCACAGACUGUGGAUCAAGAGAAAAGACCAGGUACAAAGCCAGAGGAGAGCAAUGGAGACACAGCAGGAGUCAGAAAUGGUUUCAUCGCAGAAGAUGCACAAACCAUCGAGGACCAGAUGCAGCUGCCUGUGCAGACUGCCUUACCAGAUGAUCUUCAACCAGGAACUGAUGAUGAGGCAGAGGCUGUGUUAGUGGCCCUGGAGGCCCAGGAGGAUCUUGGCUCUGGAGAGGACCUUCUGGCUGCUAUGGAACCACAGCCAGAACCUGCUGCUCCUGAAGAGCCAGCUCUAGAGGCCCCAGCUGCUGCUCCAGCAGAAGUCUCCACUGAGGCUGCUGUUGUGGCAGUGGAGGCAUUAACCCCAGGGGAGGAAGCUGCUCCUGUAGAAACUGUAGUGACUGAGGCCACACCUGAGGUCAAAGAGGAGUCCCCCGCUGUUGAUUCUGUUGUAUUGGAGCAGGCAGAGGCCCCUGCAUUUGUUGAGGAGGUUUCUGUUGUGCCGGCUGAGGCCUCCCCUGAACCCUCUACCCCUGCUAUUGAACCUGUAUCUGAGCCAGCAGAGGUCCGAGUGGUGGUGGAAGAGGCAGCAACUGAGGUCGCUGAGGCCCCUGCAGAAGUGUCUUCUCCUGUGGAGGCAGAGGCUCCACCUGACGAUGCAGCAGCAGAGACUCCUUUAGCAACACCAACUGAAUCCUCAGGUGAAAUUUCAGCACCAACUGAGGCUGCAGCACCAGGUGAAACUGUCGAACCUGCUGUGGCUUCAGCACCAACUGAAGCUGUAGAACCAGCUGAGGCUGCAGCACCAGCACCAGCUGAGGCUGCAGCACCAGCCCAAACUGAGGCUGCAGCACCAGGCGAAGCUUUAGAACCAGCUGAGGCUUCAGUAGCAGCACCAACUGAAGCUGUAGAACCAGCUGAGGCUUCAGUACCAGCACCAACUGAAGCUGUAGAACCAGCUGAGGCUUCAGUACCAGCACCAACUACAGCUGUAGAACCAGCUGAGGCUUCAGUACCAGCACCAGCUGAGGCUGCAGCACCAGGCGAAGCUGUAGAACCAGCUGAGGCUUCAGUACCAGCACCAACUGAGGCUGCAGCACCAGGCGAAGCUGUAGAACCAGCUGAGGCUUCAGUACCAGCACCAACUGAGGCUGCAGCACCAGGCGAAGCUGUAGAACCAGCUGAGGCUUCAGUACCAGCACCAACUGAGGCUGCAGCACCAGGCGAAGCUGUAGAACCAGCUGAGGCUUCAGUACCAAGUGAAUCUUCAGCUCCUGUAGAGGCUGCAGAGCCUGUAAUAGAUAGUGAGAUUGCUGUGGCCACUAUUCCAGAGAUGCCUCCAUUAUCUCCUGUCACAGAUAAAGCAAGCACUGGGACUCAACCAGCUGCGACUGCCCCACCAGCUGAGGGAACCUGCCCCACAGAGGUCAUCCCUGCUUUGGCUCCACAAGCUGAAUCUGCUGCUGCUGAAUCUGUCCAGACGGCAGAGGCAUCAGCGCCCACACCAGCCGUUUCAGAGCUGCCCGCAGAAGUAGCCCCUCAAGCUUUACCAGCAACUGUGACCUCUGAGUGCAAGGUGGACAACGCAGCACCAGCCCCUGAAGCCUCAUCCUCAGUGGUGUCUGAAACAGGAGCUACAGAGAGCAAGAUAACCAAAGACGGUUGAGUUGGUGGAAGAAAUCUACCAAAUAAUGAAAACCCCCUAUAACCUACAAAUUCAAUGUGAACUGGAAGGAAAGAAAGACAAAGCGACCAAACAAACACUACAUUUACAGGACUGUCUCAUUAGCUCUCACCAAACCAAACUACACCAGAUACAUUAAUAUGAAAUGUGCCUUAAUAACUUAUCUUUUAGGAAAAGAUCAGGAUUUUUCCUAAUUUUGUAAAUAAUAAACCUUCAUGGUGAGUUUUCCUACUGAGACCGGAAGUGCCUGGAGCCAAGUGUGGGCUUAUGUAUGCAAAUAAUCACAGGUAAAAUGACAGGACGGUGCAAUACAGUGUUAAGUAUGCGAACUCUGCUUUAGCUACAGCGGCUGUCGAGAAUGAUUCUUACAUUAUUUAAAGUAACUGCUUCUGAGGAAUACAAGCCAAACACAACUGUGAAUGAAAUUGUGCAAAGAAAUUGAGGUAACACCAAAGUGUCAUGAUUUUAAAAUUACCACAUUUUCACAGAUUGAAUUUUUACUGUUUCUGAAAUGUAUGUUCUCCCAUUUGUACUCAAUUUUAAUUUCUGCCUUUCUAAUGCUGAUUAAUUUGAUUAAUAGAAAUGUCAGUACUAAGUGUUGAGUGUACAGAGUAAUACAGCUAAGCACUGGAGUCAAAUCCAUGCAUUCUUAAAAAAUCUAUCACUUUUUAGUUUACAUUGAGAAAGCUUGAAUAAAUGCGUUUUGUAAGGAAAUAAAAAUACACAUGCAAAUUGUUGAGUAUGUAGAUAAUCCAGGUAUUAUAACAUCUUGCCAUUUGUGCAGCUGCACUAUACCUGGCAGAUGUUCAUACAAUUCUCUUCCAGAAAAAUAUGGGCAUUUUCAACAUUAAAAAGUGUCUCGAGGCCUGGCAACUCUGGUGUACUGAUUUUGCUCCGAGUAAUUUUUUUCUCUAGGUGAAUUAUAUACAUGUGUACCACAGUAAGAGAUCACUUAGUGGACAUUGUAUCCAAAUCCUGCACACUGUGUAGAUGUGUCAAGGUCUUCAGUUCAAUUAUUUGAAUUGCAUAAGAUGUGAAGAACUCUAUUGUAACAAAAAUGUCUGUUUAGAUGUCGGAUAUCUUCAUGUGUCUUCCUCUGUUAUGAAUUCCUUCUCUGAGCUGUCUGUGAUUCUGCUAACCUCUUAGUGUACAGAAUAAAGUUUUACUUACUAAUA